AUGGGGCGUUCUAAGAAGAGACGCAGGCUUUCUCGAAUUAAAGCAGCAAUUGAGGCAAAUGAAGAAGGGGAUUCGAGAAAAGAAGAAGGGGUGAGUCCCUUAGUUGAAAAGUACUGGCAUCAGAGGUACGAUUUAUUUUGGAGAUAUGAUGAGGGUGUGCGGUUGGAUGAAGAAGGUUGGUUUUCCGUCACUCAUGAGGAAAUUGCCUUCCGCCAUGCUCAGCGUUGCCCCUGUGGCGGUGUUGUCAUUGACGCCUUCGCCGGCGUCGGUGGCAAUGCUAUUCAGUUUGCCGGGCUGUGUACUCGUGUUGUUGCCAUUGACAUUGACCCUAAAAAGAUUGAGCUAGCAGUGAAUAAUGCAAAGAUAUAUGGUGUCGAAGACUAUAUAGAUUUUAUUGUCGGAGACUUCUUUCAGCUUGCACCGUCACUUAAGGCAGACAUGGUGUUUCUUUCACCGCCAUGGGGAGGUCCAUCAUACAAUAUGACUAAGAAAUUUAGUCUUGAAUCGCUAAAGCCAAAAGAUGGGUACUCCUUGUUUAAGAUAGCACAAACAAUAACACCUAAUAUCGUGAUGUACUUGCCCCGAAACAUUGACAUACUUGAAGUGGAACAGCUUUCUUGGUUGUCUUCUCCACCUUUAGAUAUUGAGAUAGAAGAAAAUGUAGUUCGUAGUAAGUUGAAGGGCAUAACUGUCUAUUUUGCUGAUGCUGCUCUCCUCAGCAGUCGGUAG